AUGGAAAAUGACGACCAACCGCUCGAAAAAGUCACAAUUAAAAAGGCAGUAUCAAAACUCAACCACCGUGCUCCAAGAACGCUACAGAAUUUGGGCAGAAGUUUGGAAAGAGUUGGGCAAAUAGUUACGACGCUAGAUCCAAGUAUCUUGGACAGAAUAACAUUUGAAAGUGAGAACUUAAAAGAGAGUUUUAGUGGGUCAUCUUCUAGAAGGCACAGCGAUGACGGUGGACGAGCUAAAAAGGAGUUUAGGGAAGAUGGCACAAGUUCUGAACCGCCUACAGCAGGCGUAACAAACUAUAACGCGUGGAAUGAUCUCGCAAGUUCGACGUCCACUACACGAACUGAGUUGAGUGUGUCGGACGGACAUGUGGAUGAAGAGAUUCUAAUACGUCGUCGUAGUCACGACUCGGCGUUACCAACCACGCCUAUACACAAGUCAGCAUGGAGGUCGACUGACAGCCUUGCGCCUGAUUCGGCCUUUGGUACAUCGUUGGCUGAUAUAAUGGAAAGUCCCGCUAAUAAGAGCGACGAAGCGUUAGCAGAAAUGGACCAAAACUGGUACACAAAAUGGCGUCGGAAAUGGCUUGAUAUUUAUGAAUAUGAGCACUCGAGAAUCGAACCGGAACCAUCCUUCUUCGUUUCGACGGAGAAGCCGGGCGUUAAGAGAGAAGAACAGUUUUUAGUGAAGGACAGAUACACACAGUUCUCACCCGCACAGCGCAGUCUUCUAGUCAUGCAAAUAUUGCUGCGAGCCAAAUACGACAAUACUGACACUAAGAUCACAAUAGUAAUGGGAGCAGUAUUAGGUACAAUAAUCUAUAGGAUAUCAAUGGUGUCGGUCAUCUAUGGGGGUAGUGGGUUCUUUUUAAAGCGACACGCCAAAAUUUUCACUGCCAUGACAGCUGCCUUGAUUAACUUGACGAUGAUAAUGAUUCUUACUAGGGCAUUUGUGAUAGCCUACACCAGCGAUUUCAUCCCCCGCAUGGUGUACAAAUACGUGUACUCGCCGGACAACACUCUCGCCGGUUACAUUGAUCACUCGUUGUCAUAC